CGCCUUGGACCAAAUAAAUGAGAGUGAGAAAGACUGAAGGAUUGUGUUCUGGUAUUGCGGGAGCCAGUCACAUCAGUGUCUUCCUUGUUCCUGGUUUAAAUGACAACAUUCCACUGAGGUGUGACAGCUGCCAUUGUUUGCCACCAAAGAAAGAAAUCCUACUGCAGGCAGAAUGCGGGACAUGCUGGAGAGGCUGCAGACCAUUAGUGAGGAGCAGGAGGACUAUGAUGAGGACUAUGAUGGAGACAAAAUGACUCUGUCUCAACAGGCAGUGGUGUUUGAGAACUCCUCAGCUAUUGACAACAUCCUGAAGGAGGCCCACUCUCUACGCAAGGUGAUCUCCUUGCUCCACUUAGAAGUUGAGCGUCUGAGCACACACAAUGAACGCUUUGGGACCUCUGUGCGACGCCUCACCCUACUCAAAAAGGACUCGGACUCCAUCGCCAGGGCGAUCCAGCAACGUGGGGAGGCUGUGUACAUCCGCCUGCAGGCUCUAGGUAAGGAGAGCAGCCAGCUGGAGGAGAAAGAAGGUCUCAAUUCAGCUGUUGGCCGCAUAGCCCGUGUUCAGUAUGACACACUGACCCAAGCCUUCCACACUGCCAUGAGUGACUACAAUAAGGCCGAAGAGAAGCAAAGGAGAACAUGUCGGGGUAGGAUCCAGAGGCAGGCCUCCAUUAUGGGGUCUGACAUCAAUGAUGAGCAGCUGGACGUGCUGGUGGACAAAGGGGGUGAAGGAUGGACUGAACUGUCCCAGAGUCUGCAGGCACAAGGUACACGCUCACACCGGUGGGCAAUGUGUGAGAUCAAAGGCAGACACAAGGAACUAGUGGAGCUGGAGGCCAGGAUGAAGGACGUUCAUGAACUGUUCCUGAACAUGGCCAUGCUGGUAGAGGAGCAGGGAUCCAUGAUCAAUAACAUCGAGUCCAAUGUGUGUAGAACUCAGGAACAUGUUGAAAAAAUCAACGUUCACAUCAAGAGGGCCAUUCGGUACAAGAGGAAAAAUCCAUUUACUCAAUGUUGUCCCUGUCUACCCUGUUGGAGACACAACCAAACAUUUUAGAAAUGAUUUUGACGUUAUGCAAUUUUGUGGAUGAUUGAAAACUGACAUAAAUAUUUAGCUGUGUAAAAGGCUAUGGCCAGCUGAGAAGAAAUGUUAUACAAUAUGCUUUAUUUAUAGUAAAUCCAACCUUUACAAGGACACUCAGUUUUCCCCUGUUGCCCUGAAGAGAAGCAAACUGUAUUUCUUUACCUGAUGUAAGAGGUUUUCAACUGUUCAAGGUUGUCAGAAGUUUGAUUAAGAGUAAAAUAACUCCUCAGAGAAUGAAUCCAAUUGUGGGUGUGGGUGCUUGAGAGAAGUUUACAUUUUAAACGGAAGUUAUUUUAAUUUAAGUUGAAACUAUUCAUGCUUUAAGCAGUUCGCUGAUAUGGAAAAUAAAUUCUGUUUUAACAAAUGAAAACCAUUUUGGAGUCAUGAGAGUGAUGAGUAGCAGUAACAAUGGAA